AUGCCCGUCUGGACUGCACCUGCACCCAGACAUUUGGUCCUGCUCCCAAGGGAUAUCUUUAUGCCUGCUCCUGUGUUGGCAGACCUGAGGCUGCUGUUUGCAUCUCUAGCAGCAGAUAGAUCAGUUGUGGUGCCUGCUCACACCCUCAUUGUGGAAGCACCUGAGAAGCAAAUCCAAGUGGCAAGAGGAAGAAAUGCUACCCUGCGCUGUAAUUUUAAAACAAACUCAGCUGUUGACAGAGGAGACCUGGUUGUCUGGAAGAAAAUCAAUAGCAAGGUUGACGCGGUGUCACGGUACUUCGACGGGCUGGUGCAGUACGGGGAGGGCUACGACCACCGCAUCCAGUUCAUCGGCGACGUUGACAGCGGGGACAUCAGCAUCACCAUCGGCGCCGUCACCAUGGAGGACAACGGCACCUACGUCUGCAGCGUCCGCCUCCGCGCCGACCCGCCGCGCACCUCCGCGCUCCAGGACCUCUUCGUCCUCGUUGCACCAUCGAAGCCUGAAUGCAAGAUUCUGGGGACACCAGAAUAUGGACAAACAAUCAACCUGACCUGUGCUUCUCACGAGGGCUCCCCAACACCCAGAUACACCUGGAAAAGCUUCAAUAUGCAAAAUGAGCCCCGUUUGCUACCAUACGCAGAAGGGCAACAAAUAACUCUGAAGAACAUCUCAGCAGACACCUCUGGCUUUUACAUCUGCACUGCAACAAAUGUUGUGGGAACGGAGUUUUGCAACAUGACAGUCAGCGUUGUGCCACCAUCCAUGAACAUAGCUCUGUAUGCUGGCAUCAUUGGGGGAGUUGUUGCUGCCAUUGUGGUGAUUGGGAUCAUUGCCUAUUGCUGCUGCUGCCGGGAAAGCAAGGACACCGACUAUGAGAUGACGGUGCAAGAAGACAGAAAUGAACCCUCCAGGCAGAUGCCAACAAGGCAUGAGAGCAUAGGGGAGGAUGUGGAAAAUGCAUGAAUGAAGAAACCACUGUG